GGGCCGGGCCGCUUCAGGCCCCGCUCACGGCGCAGGCGCAGUCCCACGCUCCCUCGGCGGCUCCCGGCGCAGUGCGCCCGCCGCGGCGAAGUGUAGCGGCGUCGGCCGGCGGUCGUCCGCCUCUCGCUGCUUGGGGGCGCGCUCUGUGGGGUUCUGUGAGCGCCCCUGAGCGCGGGCAGCGGCCGUCGUGGGUUCGUCAGUCAACCCACUCCGUGGUAUUGAAUACCUCUAACCUCUCAUCUGGAUGGAUAUUUGAUGUUCAGCUGCUUGUGGGGUUAUCUUAUGAUGAGGCUUUUGCUAUGGCUAAUGAUCCCUUGGAAGGCUUCCAUGAAGUAAACCUUGCUUCACCUACUUCUCCAGACCUCCUUGGCGUGUAUGAAUCGGGAGCUCACGAGCAGACUACCUCGCCAGGUGUCAUCUAUCGGCCGCACCCUUCAGCUUUGUGCUCGGCCCCUCUCCAGGCUAACGCCUUGGAUGUCUCUGACCUUCCUACACAACCUGUGUAUUCAUCCCCCAGACGUUUAAACUGUUCAGAAAUAUCUAGUAUCAGCAUCAAUGUGACAGACCCAGCACCUUGUUCUACCUCUGGAGUAACAGCUGGGUUAACUAAAUUAACUUCGAGAAAGGACAACUGUAGUGCAGAGAGGGAGUUUUUGCAGGGUGCUACUGUAACAGAGGCUUGUGAUGGCAAUGAUGAUAUUUUCGGGUUGAGUACCGAUAGCCUGUCCCGUUUACGAAGCCCAUCUGUUUUGGAAGUGAGAGAAAAGGGCUAUGAAAGAUUAAAAGAAGAACUUGCAAAAGCUCAGAGGGAACUAAAGUUAAAAGAUGAAGAAUGUGAGAGGCUUUCUAAAGUACGAGAUCAACUUGGACAGGAAUUGGAGGAACUCACAGCUAGUCUAUUUGAGGAAGCUCAUAAGAUGGUGAGAGAAGCAAAUGUCAAGCAGGCAACAGCAGAAAAACAGCUGAAAGAAGCACAAGGAAAAAUUGAUGUACUUCAAGCUGAAGUAGCUGCAUUGAAGACACUUGUAUUGUCCAGUUCUCCAACAUCACCUACACAAGAGCCUCUGCCAGGUGGAAAGAUCCCUUUUAAAAAGGGGCAUACAAGAAAUAAAAGUACAAGCAGUGCUAUGAGUGGCAGUCAUCAGGACCUCAAUGUGAUACAGCCAAUUGUAAAAGACUGCAAAGAGGCUGACUUAUCUCUGUAUAAUGAAUUCAGAUCUUGGAAGGAUGAGCCCACAAUGGACAGAACGUGUCCUUUCUUAGACAAAAUCUAUCAGGAAGAUAUCUUCCCAUGUUUAACAUUCUCAAAAAGUGAGUUGGCUUCAGCUGUUCUGGAAGCUGUGGAAAACAAUACUCUGAGCAUUGAGCCAGUGGGAUUACAGCCUAUUCGAUUUGUGAAGGCAUCUGCAGUCGAAUGUGGAGGACCAAAAAAAUGUGCUCUCACUGGCCAGAGUAAGUCCUGUAAACACAGAAUUAAAUUAGGGGACUCAAGCAACUACUAUUAUAUUUCUCCUUUUUGUAGAUACAGGAUCACUUCUGUAUGUAACUUUUUUACAUACAUUCGAUAUAUUCAGCAGGGACUUGUGAAACAGCAGGACGUUGAUCAGAUGUUUUGGGAAGUUAUGCAGUUGAGAAAAGAGAUGUCAUUGGCAAAGCUGGGAUAUUUCAAAGAGGAACUCUGAUGCUCUGCCUGGGACCAUGCAUGAACCUCCCCGAAUACCUGGAAAAUGGCUGAAUAUUUUUACUGUUACUUGAUAUUUAUUUCCAAGGAGUGGGCCCAAGACUUUUUCCCUCUUUUGCAAAUUACACUAAGAAGUACUGUGAUUUCUUUUAAACUGACCUAUUCUGUGUUUGCUUAUUCUUUAGUUGAACACACUAUAAGGAAUUACAAGUGUACUAGUGAUUGUAAUUUAUAGUUGCAGAUAAAAAGCUAAAUAAAUAAAUGUUAGAUUGAAUGUGUUUUUGCUUUCUCUUCUAGCUCUGACAUAGCAUAUGGGGUCAGUUGAAUGUAUUGAAUUGUUGUUUCCAAACUGCACAGCAGCCUAUGAGAGUCAAGGAAGAGGGCUGAGUGGACAAGGUCAGCUUUAGUCCCUCCACUAGAAUGGCUCUAUUUUUGUCUGUUUUAUAUUUUGGGAUUCAAAACAAGAUUUUACUUAAAGAUUUCUGUUGAAAAGUUUGGAAGUUACUGUUUUAAUCAUCUGUUCUUUGUAAUUUAAAGAAUCCCUGUAUUAUGGUGAUUAAAUAUAAUAAACAGAGGACAGUCACAUUUUAUCCCAGAGAUGCAUUCUUUAACAUCUUGAUGUAAUAUAUUCAUACUUUAGAUAUGUUGAGUACUGUAGUAGGCAUUGAAAGGAUAUAAAGAUAAAUAAGGAGUUUGACGUAUGUGCAGGGAACUUUGAAGAAGUGUGGAUUGAAAGGAUGGUACAUACAAAGUAUACAAUGAUCAUAGAACCACUUGAUCUCUAAGUUCCAAAUUGUAAAACUGACAUCAUGUAGAGAAACUGUUUAUUAAAGUUAUUUAUAAAAGGAAA